CGCUCGGAGCAAGAAUUUCCCCAUCUCCGCCCAGAGCUGGAUACAUCAACUCGGGGAUCCACCCCCUCCUUGGCAGUGCGUGAAUGAAGGGAGGGGAGUCGGGUCCCCGCCCCGGAAGGCUGCACUUCCUGGUCCCGAGGAUAAAACUGGCCCUCCCUGGCCAGAGGGGACUCGUCCCUUCCUCGCCAUGGGCCCUUCGGACCCAGAGAACCCAGAUCGCACCUCGAAGGCGCCGACCCGCACCUGCCGCGUCCUGGACUGGUUUUUUGCGACUGCCCUGCUGCUGCUAAGCGGAGCCCUGGUCUUUUUCACUACUCUAAGGGCAAAUCUUGCCCACCCUCACGCCGCCGAAGGGCUCUCUGCCCCCCAGUUUCCUGCUCAGAGCCCCUAUGCCCAGCUGGUGAUGAAAGAUGCCUUGGUGCAGAACCAGACACUGAGCUGGCACAAUGAUCCUCAUCUUUCUCGUGUGUUCCUGGACCCACGAAUGAAUUACGAUGCUGAUAAAGGAGAGCUGGAGGUCAAAGUCGCCGGGCUUUACUUCGUCUACACUCACCUGAAGCUGCAGCAGGUUGUGGUUCCUGCAUACAGUCAAGGUACAGUCGAGGUCUUUGUGACUGUGGUGCAGGACUUUGGACAGCGAGCUGUCUUGAAUCUCUCCCUGGAUGUGGGACCUUCCAGCACUUCCACCAUCACCACCUCGGAGUCCUCCCUCAUCUUCCUGCAUCCUGGGGAGCGGCUCAGGCUCAGCAUGAGCGCCACAGCAGGGGACUUCCUGGACUGGCAGCUGGUGUCAGGGGCCAAUACCUUUGGCCUUUUCUGGGUGGCCGGGGGACAGCCCUUAACCGAUUCUGGGACAUUAACUGUGAUCAAUUAGCUGACACUGUGGUGUCUUCUUUGGAAGAUGGAGGAAGGGCAGAGAUGCUCUUGUUUUAUUUAACUUGGGGACCCCCUCACUUUAUGGUUGAAUCUUGGGGAAUUCCCAGUGUAACAGCCGGCAGUUCUCUGCAAGUCCAAACUUGCCUCAGAAAGAGGCAAUAGAAGGGCUAUGGGAGGAGCCAUGCUGAUUCUAGUCCUCACAGAGGCAGAGUAGUCCUGGUUUUGAAUAGAUUCUAGCAUUUAUUUGCUAUGUGACACUGGACUAGUCACUUCACUUCUCUCAUCCUCACUUGCCUCAUCUGUAAAAUGGAUAUAAUCUUUGCACUGUCUAAUUCAUAAUAUUGUUGGAAGAAAAGUUGUAGAAAUUAAUCGUUAUUUAUUUAUUUAUAUGAUCAUUCCUAGACCAAGGAACUGGGGCCAAAAGGCUGCCUCUUCCCUGCUGGCUUCUAGGAGUGCUAAACUACCUCAUGGGGAUCUUCACGUGAAGUACUUGGAGAUCCCAUAUUCUCAGUCUCAGGAAGAGACUUGGGCAAGAGUUUACUGGUCCAGGGAACUCCAGGCCAAUUACUCUGGAAUAUCUCUGUGUAUUUAUUCUGGACUAGUGCACUUUAAAUUACUUUAUUUAUCCCCCUCAUGUCCUGGGGAAUGUGUCUAAAAUAAAUAAAGGUAUCCUGAAGACCCAUGGAAAACUUUUUUUUUUUCUUUUUUUGUAUUUUAUCCAUUGUGUGAUUGUGGGUGAUUCCGGAUUGCAAUUGGUCAAUAGGAUAGAAUCAGUCAAUCAAGGGCUUUCAAUCCUAUUCUGUAAAAUGAAGAGUUGGCCUGUAAGGAGCCUGCCAAUAACAUGCCUUGUUCGGUGCAUCCUCUUAUCCUCUUCACUCUAUAAGUUUCCGAACAGGUAAACAUGGUCCAAGGUGGGAAGAUAUGAGGGAUUAGAGCAGGUUUUAAGAGAUCAUUUUCCAGCCUAGCCAAUUAACAGAAUCCUUUUUUGUACUGUUUUCUGUUGUGCUCUGGACUGAUGAUCUUUGGAGAGAUAGAAAUAUUACACCAGGACUUUAUUCUGUGGAACCUCCCAUACAUAGUACCUGUAUUUAAACAGGUGUAUGUGUGUGUGAAUUAUGUAUUGUGUACAACCAACUGGCCCAGUAGUUAGAGUGUUGGGGUCAGAAAGACCUGAAUUCAAAUCCUGCCUCAGACAUGUAUUAGCUGUGUGACCCUG